AUGAGUUGCUUCCCCUGCUUCUCGUCCAAAGUGAAACCCGAGGAGGGUCAUGAUGACUCGCUACUCAAGCAGAGGUUGGAAGAAGCGACAAGAAGGAUCUCAGAGCUCGAGGCCGAGCUGAGAAAGCAGACUGUCAAAGAUCCCCCAGCUCCUCAAGGAGUCCCGUCAAGCAUCUCCAGCCCUACGACUCAGCCGUCAAACAAGACAGACAUCGAGAUCAAAUCUCAAAUCAGCCAUCCCACGGCUGAUCCACCAGCUAGUGCCCAGCAAACGACCAGCUGGACUAUCCCCGACGACAUCAGCUCUGACCUCAAGAAGCUCUUUCAGACCCCUCGAGACUCCGAGGAUUACAAAACGAUUCUCAACAACCUCCGCAUGGCUCUCGGCGUCGACGCGUCAGCCCUCAGCCCUGACAAGCUCUCGUACGACGACUACGAGGUCAGAGUCGCAAGAGAGUGGGAGCUCGAGCGCAAGGCCAGCAGCCUCGGCGACCUCAACAUCCUCCGAGUCAUGGCGGAGUGCAUCCCCGGCGGGAGCGCGGCGAGUCCUCUUGCGGGGCUACAGGGGAUGACGGAGAGCGCUCUAUCGGCUUUAUGGCAGACGGCGAUAGCAAGGAGGCUCGAGGAGGCGCUGAGGAGGCCGGCGGAGGCAGGAGGGCGGGCGGGAGGAGACGGUCCGACGUCGCACAACAGCAAGUUUGCGGAGGUACGCGAGGCCGUGUACGGGAAGAUCGAGGAGUACUACGGGGGGCUGAUGGAGCGGAUCGGGCUACCUCAGACGGAGCUGAUGAAGGCGAUAGAGGAGGAGCACUGCAAGGGCAAGGACGCGGAGGAAGCGUUCACGACGAGCAACUACAACAUCACGACGACUGCCAAGGAGGAGUGGCUCAACGUCACAGACCCGGAGAGGAGGCAGAGGCUGUCGGACGGGACGCGGGUGAUCCGAGGGAUGGAGGAGCUGAAGGGGCUGGACACGGCGAUCAAGGCGGGGCUACAGGAGGCGGAGCUGAUCGCGCUGCAGCUCUACACAGGGCCGAUGUACUUCAAGUACAACUCUGUUCUUCGAGCUCCCAACGAGCUCCUCCGAGACUCCAACAAGGUCCCCAACAAGUACACGACGACCAUCCACUGCAUCGUCAGCGGGGUCGUGAAGCUGUCUCGUCACACGCCUCUGCCGGAGGGGCUGCGGGUGUGGAGGGGGCUGAAGGGGAUGAGGCUGCCGGAGAGCUUCCUCAACGAGGACAAGCUCGGGGUGUCCGGAGGAGUCGAGUACGGGCUGCUGAGCACGACGACAGACGUCAGGACGGCGAUGCAGUACGCCGGGGAGGAGGGAGAGUCGAUCGUGUUCGAGAUCAGCUGCGGGGCGAUCGACCGGGGGGCGAGCUUGACGUUUGUGUCUCAGUAUCCGGGGGAGGGGGAGAUGCUGUAUCCGCCGCUGUCGUACCUGGAGGUGGUGAAGACGCCGCGAUCAACGCGAACACGAUGA